AGUGAUCAAGUUCCUGUUGGACACAUUCCUAGAUCAUUAACAAUCUUUUGCCGCGGAGAAAACACCCGUCAAGCUUUACCUGGUGAUCACAUCGCGAUUACCGGCGUUUUUUUACCUUUAAUAAGAACCGGUUUUCAACAAAUUUCAGGAGGACUCUUAUCAGACACUUAUUUAGAAGCACAUCGAGUAAUUUCUUUAAAUAAAAGCACCGACGAUGAAAUCGCCUCUCAAAAUUUAACUCAACAAGAAAUGGCUACAUUAACCGAAGACGAUUUUUAUUCAAAAUUAGCACUUUCUUUAGCCCCAGAAAUUUAUGGCCAUUUAGACAUAAAAAAAGCACUUCUCCUUUUGUUAGUUGGAGGCGUCGAUCGGCGCCCUGACGGAAUGAAAAUACGUGGAAACAUAAAUAUUUGCUUAAUGGGUGACCCCGGAGUCGCUAAAUCUCAACUUUUAGGUUACAUUAAUCGUUUAGCCCCAAGAAGUCAAUAUACAACAGGACGUGGUUCUUCCGGCGUUGGUUUAACAGCUGCUGUUAUGAAAGAUCAUACAACCGGCGAAAUGAUGUUAGAAGGGGGUGCUUUAGUUCUUGCAGAUCAAGGUGUUUGUUGUAUUGAUGAAUUUGAUAAAAUGGCUGAUGCCGAUCGUACUGCUAUACACGAAGUUAUGGAACAACAAACGAUUUCUAUUGCUAAAGCUGGUAUAAUGACGUGUUUAAACGCUAGAGUAUCAAUAUUGGCCGCCGCAAAUCCCNAAUACAUAAAUACACUUGCACCUAUUAUUUCGCACAACACUGAAAAAAGUUUAUCAUAUCUAACCUAA